AUGCUUGUCUUCCACAAACUCUUCAAGCAUUCAGGUCAUAUUGACAAAUCGAGUUGUUGUGGAAGAACUAAUAUGUCGUCUCGUGGUGAGUGCUUGUCUUCCACAAACUCUUCAAGCAUUCAGGUCAUAUUGACAAAUCGAGUUGUUGUGGAAGAACUAAUAUGUCGUCUCGUUGUGAAUGCUUGUCUUCCACAAACUCUUCAAGCAUUCGGGUCAGAUUGACAAAUCGAGUUGUUGUGGAAGAACUAAUAUGCAGUCUCGUUGUGAGUGCUUGUCUUCCACAAACUCUUCAAGCAUUCAGGUCAUAUUGACAAAUCGAGUUGUUGUGGAAGAACUAAUAUGUCGUCUCGUGGUGAGUGCUUGUCUUCCACAAACUCUUCAAGCAUUCAGGUCAUAUUGACAAAUCGAGUUGUUGUGGAAGAACUAAUAUGUCGUCUCGUUGUGAAUGCUUGUCUUCCACAAACUCUUCAAGCAUUCGUGUCAUAUUGA